UUCCAUUCAUUUAUCAAUCAUCAGGUUGAUAAUUGACGUCUCUGCUUUUCCUCAGGCAGUCAAGAAUGUGAUGACCGCAAUAAGAGACUCAGGAUUAAACUUGAAUCCGCAGCAAGAAGGAUUUACAAUCUAUGUACCUAUUCCAAAAGUUACAAGGGAGCAUAGAGAACAUCUAGCUGAGGGAGCCAAGAAGAAAUUAAAUGAAUUUAAAGCUGAUCUAAGGAAGGUUCAGACCAGUGCUCAGAGAAGGGUUGGUGAAGAUGAACUAGCAGACAAGAUUACUAAGGAGGAUGCCAAGUCGGCUCAGGAGACGAUCAAAUUGAUCGCCGAUCAUUUCCAGGCCCAGGGAGAGAUCAUGCUCGUGAACAAGACCAAGGAGCUCCUCGGAAAAUAGAAUAUCUCCAUCUAUCAUUUUAUAAUAAAUAUUGUACAACCAUUCAUACUGAUGUUAUUGACAAUUUCUUACAAACAAAGUUCAAUUUAAAAAAUUACAAUUUGGGUAAAAAGAAAGUGUAUUAGGGCGAGGGGGGAGUUUUAAUGUUUUAUAUUUUUUCCUGUACAUAAGUUUUAUAUUUUCAGAA